AUGAGGUCUACCUGUAACCCUCACAGGUUGCCCUAUCUCCAUCCUGGUUCAGCCCACCCCACCGACUUUACAGGCCUCUCCGGACAUCAUGGAAAAGCUAUUCGGAUAACAUGCGCCGCUUGGUAUCUGGUAUUAUCCUUGCUUGCGGAGCCAUCGUCGUUCUGUAGGAAGUGGAGGGAAAUUCGGGACCUUGGGGAUAUCAGCAAUAAAAGGAGUGCUACUGCAUUCGAAGCUUCGAAGGAGCAUCAUGGAAAGAUAGCGACGGACUUCCGGCACGAGAGAUCCUGCACGAACAUUGAUUACAAGAGUUGCCAGCUCUUCGUGACCCUCAGUACAAGUCCAGGCUUUAGCAGUGCCUUCGACGCGUCGCCUCCCAUAGGACACCGCGCUGCAGUUGCCACCCCUCGCUCCGGCAUCAUCCAUGCGCCAUCCGUCAGACUAUAUCGUGUACAUCUUGGUGAACGGAGAACUCCACGUCAACGGAGCUCAGAGGCAUUGUUUUCUCUGGCCUAG